AGAAGAUAACCCGGCUGUCCAGUUUCAGCUAUAAAACUCUGAAGAUGUGGUGUUGAAGCCAGUUUACUCCAGUAGAGUAAUUCAACAGACUCAGGAUGAAGAUUUUGAUAGCAACUUUUCUUUUCGGACUCGCAUCCGCCAGCUUCUACCAAGUGCUUGACCAUGCCGCUGACCAGGCUGUUUUGGAGUUUAUGGUUGGAAUGGAAAAAGUUCCUUCCCUGAAACAAGUUGUAGGAUACGAUCUUGGCGUGAAUGUCGAUGAAAUUGAAGAAGACAUCAAGACCGAAUUGGGUAAGACCCUGAAAGAAACCUUGGACAAUGUUCUACAAAAGAUCAAGGAUUCUCUUGAUCACGGGAAAGAAGUUAGCAAAGAUCUUCUAGACAAAGCAAAGGAUAUUGUCGGUCAGUUGAAAGAUCUUGGAAUUGAUGCUGGUACAAAAGCCUUGGAACUCCUGAACCGAUUGAAAGAAAGGUUACGGGAUUGGGUGAAAUCCCUUUUGGAGAAGUUGGGUAUUGGCAAGAGGAACAUUUUGGAUAUAUUGCGUGAACUCAUUAAGGAUCUUGACCUCAGGGCCAUCCUCAUCAGAAUCAGAGACAAGAUUAUCGAGAAGGUUAACAUCGAAUCUAUCGUUAACUACAUCCGUGAGAAGCUCAAAGACAAAACUGAGCUGGUGAGAAAACUAUUGGAGAUCAUUAAAAACCAGGGCAUUGAUGCUCUAAGAGACCUUAUUGACAGGAUUCUGAAUAUUGGUGGUCAAUAUUCAAUCAUUGAACUGUGGCAGAAGAUAAAGAACUUCUUCAAGGAUUUAGGUAUAAAAAUACAAGAGAAGUUUUUCAAGUUUGCUGAGUGGGUGAAGUCCAUCUGGAGUGUUGGUCUCGAAGCUGCAAAGGAUAAACUGGCCAAGGUUAAGAUCAUCGCUCAAGAGUUUAUCGACCAUGCUAAAGACGUCAGUGCUGAAGUUGCCCGGGAAGCCUUGGAGUUUUUCAGACCAUACAAGGAUGAUUUGGGAGGACUUUGGGACAAACUGGUCGAAGAAGCCAAAAAGAUCAUUGGAGUCUCUCCUUAGUUUCCUGGCUUUUGCUUUCCUAUCAGUUUCUUCCUCUUGGUAAAAAUAUUGUACGUUGUAACGUGCCUGUAUUGGAGACUUAUGAUAAACAUUUGUAAAAAAGAAUUCAUGAAAUUAAAUGAACUUUUAUGAGGAAA